UCACUGCUCACUGCCAGUGCUCACGCACACACACUUCUCUUCUCUUCUCUUUCUUUCUUUCUCAAACACAAUGGAGGAAAUCCUCCUUUCUCUUCCACUUCUCUGCAUCUUAUAGAACUUCCCUCAUCCAACAUGGCUAAUCACCACCACCAUCAUCAUGCGCACGACACCAACCUCAAAUCCCUUCUCGACACCCUAUACUGCUCCGAAGAGCAUUGGGAGGAAGAUGUUGGGGAAGAUGAAUUAGACGAAGCAGAGAAUAAUAAUACUACUAAUAAUAACGCUACCAGUAGCAGAAGCACCCUAAUAAACUCCCUUCACUACCCUCAUGUGUUGUUCGAAAGCGACAUGUUUUGUGACGAACAGGAGUUGACAUCGCUGCUGGGGAAAGAACAACACAACCCUCUAACCACUUGCCUCCAAACCAACCCUGCGCUCCAGUGUGCUCACAGAGAAGCCGUGGAGUGGAUGCUCAGAGUGAACGCUCACUACUCCUUCUCUGCUCUCACAUCCCUUCUUGCCGUCAACUACUUUGACCGCUUCCUCUCCACCAUCCACUUUCAGGAUGCCAAGCCAUGGAUGACACAUCUCGCCGCCGUCGCUUGUCUCUCCCUCGCUGCCAAAGUGGAGGAGACACAAGUCCCCCUUCUCCUAGACCUUCAGGUGGAAGAGGGUAGAUACUUGUUCGAAGCCAAAACGAUUAAAAGGAUGGAGAUUUUGGUCCUUUCCACCCUUGGAUGGAAGAUGAACCCGCCAACCCCUCUCUCCUUUCUUGAUUACAUCACAAGAAGACUUGGAUUGAAGGAUCAUCACUGCUGGGACUUCCUCAGGAAGUGCGAAGGCGUUCUUGUUUCUGUCCUCGGAGAUUGGAGGUUAAUGGGUUAUCUACCGUCUGAAUUGGCAAGUGCUACGAUGAUACACGUUGUGAAAAGCGUGGAGCCUUGUCUAGAAGGCGAAUACCAGAGACAACUCUUGGGUAUUCUGGGAUUCGACAAGGAGAAGGUGAACGAGUGUGGGAAGGUGUUGGAAUUGUGGUCAGGGUACGAGAAGCAGGGGAAGCAAUGCAUGAAACGAAAGCUUGGAAGCGUUCCGGGAAGUCCAAACGGCGUGAUGGAAAUGUCGUUUAGCUGUGAUAGCUCGAACGAGGCGUGGGGAGUAGCUGCUGCUGCUGCUGCUGCUUCUGCUUCUGGUUCAGUGUGUUGUUCGGCGGAAGGUUUGUGGAAGAAGAGUAGAAGUGAAGUAAAGCGAUAAAGGAAAAUGUUGUGGGCAGGCAUUAAUUUCAACCACCCUCUCUCUCACUCCUAAUGGAAACAUAUAUAGUCUUUCCCUGCUUUAAUAACUGCGUAUCUUUCUCUUUCUCUUUUUGACCACCAAGUUAAAUUGCCAACCAUCUCUGCCUCGCACUACUUCCAUUCAUCCCUCAUUUAUUAAUGGAAUUAGAUUUAGACCUUCCUCUUCCUCUAGGACUCUGCAACCAGAUAUUGUUGGCAUUUUAUGAAGAACAAUUUUAUAUAAUUAAUAAUAUACUAAUAGUAUAUAUAUGUCAACAAAUACAACACAAGUGUAUGUAUUCUAUUAUCUUUUCCUUUCAAUGCGAUGAGAUAUUACAAUUA